UCAAUUAUCUCAGAACAUGUCAGGUCGUGGUAAAACCGGGGCGAAAGUCAGAGCCAAGGCAAAGACCAGAUCUUCAAGAGCCGGCUUGCAGUUCCCAGUGGGUCGUGUCCACAGGCUGCUGCGCAAAGGCCGUUACGGUAAGCGCAUCGGUGCCGGCGCUCCCGUCUACUUGGCGGCGGUGUUGGAGUACCUGACCGCCGAGAUCCUGGAGUUGGCGGGAAACGCAGCCCGCGACAACAAGAAGACCAGGAUCAUCCCCCGCCACCUCCAGCUGGCUGUCCGCAACGACGAAGAGCUCAACAAGCUUCUUGGGCGAGUCACCAUCGCCCAGGGCGGCGUCUUGCCCAACAUCCAGGCUGUUCUUCUGCCCAAGAAGGCCGAAAGGGCUGCUAAGAAAUAAACCUGCGCCCGCUAGUC